GCGGUAGGUCGCUCCGCGCGGGCGGGGGGGAGGAGGCGGCGGGUGCCCAAUCCAAGAUGGCGGUGCAGGAAUCAGCUGCUCAGCUCUCAAUGACUUUGAAGGUGCAGGAGUAUCCUACUCUCAAGGUACCGUAUGAAACACUGAAUAAACGAUUUCGAGCUGCACAGAAAAACAUUGAUCGAGAGACUAGCCACGUUACUAUGGUUGUUGCAGAGCUGGAGAAGACAUUGAGCAGUUGUCCUGCUGUGGAUUCAGUUGUUAGUCUCCUUGAUGGAGUAGUUGAAAAGCUCAGUGUUCUGAAAAGAAAGGCUGUUGAAUCAAUCCAGGCUGAAGAUGAGAGUGCAAAGCUUUGUAAACGCAGGAUUGAGCACCUUAAAGAACAUAGCAGUGACCAACCAGCCGCUGCAAACAUGUGGAAGAAAAAACGUAUGGAUCGCAUGAUGGUGGAACAUCUCUUGCGCUGUGGCUACUAUAAUACAGCUGUAAAACUAGCCAGGCAGAGUGGCAUUGAGGAUCUGGUAAAUAUUGAGAUGUUCCUGACUGCUAAAGAAGUAGAAGAAUCUUUGGAAAGACAGGAAACCAUGACUUGUUUGGCUUGGUGUCAUGAUAACAAAUCCAGGCUCAGGAAAAUGAAGGGGCUCCAAAAUGAGAGUGAACCGAAGAUGGGAUGCAAAACUAAAUCGGCCAGUGAUUACUCUAAAGAAAAUGAUGAUGUUGUUAUGGAAACCAUUAAAGGAAAACCAGAAUUGAGCUGUCUGGAGUUCAGCCUAAGGAUUCAGGAGUUCAUUGAACUCAUUCGACAGAACAAGAGACUGGAUGCUGUGAGACAUGCAAGAAAGCAUUUCAGUCAGGCUGAAGGAAGUCAGUUGGAUGAGGUCCGACAAGUGAUGGGAAUGUUGGCCUUUCCUUCAGACACUCAUAUUUCCCCUUAUAAGGAUCUUUUGGACCCAGCACGAUGGAGAAUGCUGAUUCAGCAAUUUAGAUACGAUAACUACAGACUACAUCAGCUGGGAAACAAUUCUGUUUUUACUAUAACCCUCCAGGCAGGCCUUUCAGCUAUAAAAACACCACAGUGUUAUAAAGAGGAUGGCAGUUCAAAAAAUCCAGACUGCCCUGUGUGUAGCAAAUCCCUGAACAAGCUGGCUCAGCCUCUGCCUAUGGCACAUUGUGCCAACUCCCGACUAGUCUGCAAGAUUUCGGGGGAUGUAAUGAACGAAAAUAAUCCUCCCAUGAUGUUACCAAAUGGAUAUGUGUAUGGAUACAAUUCUCUGCUUUCUAUUCGUCAAGAUGACAAAGUAAUUUGCCCAAGAACCAAAGAAGUCUUCAGUUUCUCACAAGCUGAGAAAGUCUACAUUAUGUAGGUCCAUAACACACGUGAUGAAGUGCCGCUGGAAUUUUGACACGGUAUAUACUGGCAUACCCUGUCAAGGGGGGCCUUAAGGUGUGGCAAAGAAGCAAAAUCUGCCACUUUGGGGAUCAGACCUGUCGGUGGCAUUAUUGUUUCUUGCGACCAAAGAUCAAUGAGCAACAAUACACACUCUUAAAAAGAGAGGAAUUAUGACUUAAGUUUGUACUUGAAAAAGAAACAACACAUUUUGAUUGUUAGGGUUUUGUAACAUAAGGUCAAAAUUGGACUCUGCUCAAAAGUACUUUCAUCUUUUAAAGGAUAAUUUUCUUUAAAGAUGGACAUUUGCACUGGGGGAAAUGUUACAAUAGAUUUGAAAUUAAAUCCAUUUUCCUUCCCUCUGUUUUUCACAAUUGUCCAAGGCCCUCUUGUUAUCAAAAAUUUCAGUUAAUACAAGUUCUUUUAAGAUCCUCUUUUUUCCUUCUUUUUUUGAUCCUCUUGUGAAGUAAAAAUUCUGAAUAUAGGUCACUGUAACUUAUUUCUGUGGGAGGAUACAGAUGCUAUUGACA